AUAUGGAUGCUUUCUUUUUCCAGAGGGCAAAAAGUAGCUUGCAUUGCACUCCAAACUGCAAUUUUGUGAGUUUCACAGAGUAACAUAUAGUAACUGAAGAUUAUCUGUGUUUCCUCAUGUUAUGCUUAUCAGGAAUUUCUGUCAUUGUACUUGGGGAUUGUUUUGCUGUUCCUGCUCCAAUAUUGCAUCUUGCAUAAUUUACUGCACAUAGACUGGAAAUGGGCUGUAAACAGCUCUCUUAGGAUGGUAUCCUACUGUUCUAACAGGCUACUAGCCUGACAACAGUGUUAGCCUUGUGUCUAUUUCUUUUGUUUAUACAUAUACUGCCUUUAUGAUUUUUAUACACAACUCAAAAGCAGCAAAUAUAUCUAAUAGUCCUCCCACCUCCUAUUUUCUCCACAACAACAGCUCUGUGAGGUAGAUUGGCUGAGAGAGAGUGACCAGCCCAAAGUCACCCAGUCAACUUUCAUGCCUAAAGUGGGACUAGAACUCACUGUCUCCUUAUUUCUAACCUGGUGCCUUAACUGCUAGACCAAUCUGGCUGUCUCUCUUGUUUCUAGUGAUGGAAAUAGAGUCCCUGGAAAAGACAAAAGUUAGCAAGCUCAACUCACUUUUCAAGGAUCAGGCAAUCAAAAAUGAUUGUUUUAGUACUUAUAUAGGCAUGUGGAGUCAGGUGGCAAAACAUUGAUCAUGAAGACCCAAUGCAAGGUCUGUGUUAACAUUUUGUAUGGCUAUCAGGAUGCAAUUAUAUAUGGUGAGUUUGAGUUAUAAUGUCAUCCAUGCAUGUUAUUUUUAAUAUCACUAUGGCUAGCUGUGGACAUCUAUGAGUUCUAUCAAAAGUUAAUUCUGUUAUCAUCAACAGCUCACAGUUAUUUUUAGUUUUAUCUACACACACAAGCUGAAGCAAGACACUUUUAUGAUCUAAAGGCUUUUUCUCAGAGUUUCAACUCUGCAACAUCCUAUGUCAUCCUUGCUAAGUGAAAUCCAUAAUUUCAGAAACUGAUACUAUCCUAAAAUAGAUUAUAUCAGAGUGCAGUAGAAACAUAGAAAAACAAAUCAAAACACAAAAUUCUCUCUCGUUCCAAAAUUAUUCACUGAUGGUUUUCAAAAUCUGCAAAAUUUAAAUACAAAAGAUCAAUUGCUGGACCAGCACAUCUAUGAUUAAAGCAUUGGAAAAACUCAGAGAAUCCAAUAAUUCUGCUAAAUGUUCCAAAGCAACCUGGAAUGUUCGCACUAGCUAAAUUAAUCCACUGCUUAAACUUUAUAGCAGCCACAAUAACUUGCACUUAGUUAAAUAUCACAAGCAAAAUUUUGGGAUGUGGGGAUGAAGUGCACAUUUAUAAUAUUGAUCUAAGACAGAAUAAUUCUAUAAAUGUUCUGGAACACUGACUGGCUGCUGUUCUUGGCCAAUAUAGUGAUAUACUAAAACAUCAGUAACUAUUUGAGAACAACUCAGGCACAUUACUUACAGCACUUAAAGCCAUCAGAAAAAACAUUUUACUAGUUCUGCCCACGUCAUUCAACCAACAGCCCAGAUACAUAUAAAUUGAUGCCAGAUCUCAGCAUGAACCUCUAGUGGCUCUUUACUUCUUUCCUGCUCAAAUUGCUACAAGGUGUUUUAUCUACAAAAUGAAGGUGGUACUAGUAGGGCUGCUUUUCCUCUGCGUCAUGGCCAUACAUUCUGAAACAACAACUAUUAAACUCUGUGGGAGAGAAUUUGUCAGAGCUAUUGUCUUUGCUUGUGGAGGAUCACGGUGGAGAAGACAACUUGGUGACCCUUUCUCAGAAGGGCUCAUAGAUGCCAAUGGAAAUUACAUGGAGAAGUCAAAAUCCCAAAGCAACGAAUUAAUCCAGUACUACAUGGAGUCUGAGAAAGAUUUGCAAGACAUGCAACAGAAGUCUGUUCACAAAAGAAGCAAGGAUGUUGUGGAGCUUACAAUCACUUGUUGUACUAUUGGAUGCAGUGCAAACACUAUAAAUUCACUGUGCUAAAAAUAUUAAAAUUUUGCCGUAGAAGCUUAUCUAAAUAUAUCUACAUCAUAUCUACAAUAUAGCGUUUUCAUAUCUUUUUUGUUACACUUUGUAUUUCCCAGCUCUGCAGAUGCUCCAAGCUGCUAUUCUGUUUAGGAUGUUACACAAAUUAGAAACAUUUUUUCCAUACUUUUGUAUCAGUCAUCUGAAGUUAGCUGCUUUGUUUCCUAACUUUUGAAAUAAAUGUGCAAUUCAGUAAA